AUGGCUAGGACUGCUGCUCUUUGGACCAGGGUUCUGCUCAAGCAGGAAAAGAGAAAGCAAAAGGAAUAUUUUGAAAAGAAAAGAUUCAAGUCAAAAAUGAAAUUACUGGGAGUUUUAUCCCCUGUCAAAAAUUCCUCUGUCAGUUUAGACCUCCUUAACCUGUAUGUGGUAAAUCAGAUCUCUUGCCAGAAGAAAACACCUGAAACUUUGAGAAAACCAGUUCAUGUGAAUAUGAAUAGAGACGUAAAAAUGCCCCUAAAAAAGCAUGAUUUAGAACUUCCAAUGUCGCCUCCCCGUGUACCAUCAAAGCUCUGCAUUGAUGAUAUAGAAAGCAAUAUACACUGUCAAAGACUAGGCAGCAAGGAAGAACUUGGCCUGGUUCAGUCGUCACAAGUCAUGGAUUCAUACAGAAUUUUCGAACCUCAGUUCAACAGAAUAGAAAACUGCAGUUUCACUCCAUCAUAUUUUUCUGCAGAAUUAUCUUCUAACAGAAAUAUUAAAAAACAAAGUUUCAUCCCAAGAAUAGCACCUAGUCCUCAGAAAGUUGCAUAUGAAAAAAAAGAGAAUGAGCAGCUCAGUAAUGUUCAUUAUUCUACUUCCUUGGUUUCCAAAUUAACUGAAAGUCAGUAUGCUGUCAGUCCUUCAUAUGACACAGUGCAGUGUGGAACAUUAUUUGAAAGAUUAAACAGUCCAGGAAAUAGGAAUUUCCUCAUUGGAAGCCCUGCUAUAGUUACAGGUGAAGAUUGUGGAAACAUGGAUGAGAGAAGACACUCAGACUUCAUUACUGAAAAACAGUCAGGACAACAUAUUUGGGAAGAAAAUAGAAAAGAGGAUUCACGUUUUCUUGAAGCUGUGAACCAGCCAACCCCAAGCCUUCUACCAGAGAAUUUUGACUAUUUUAUUAAUGAAAAUGUGAUCAAUUUAUUAAGCAUAGAUCAACAGAGGACAGUGAAACCAUUUGACAAGUGUGGUUAUGACAGAAUGGGAGAUAUUUGUGCAGUCACCAGUUCUGAUAAAAUCCAUUCCUCUGAUAGAUGCAUUAGAAGUAUUUUUCCAGAUCCGGAGUUGAAUUUUAAUAGUUCUAACUUUAAUAAAACAAGUUAUCCAGAAAAGUGUCAGCCAAAGAAGUACUAUCAGAAAGAAUACAACAAUAAUGAAGGAAAUACUCCUAGUACAUCUUUUGAGAAGGAUUGUUACCCAGCCAGCUCUGAAAAGAAAGGAAAAUUUGAAAGGGACUACCAAGAGAAGAAGUCACAGAUAGAAAUCCAGAAAUAUCCAGUGAACAAUAGGAGUAAUAGCCCUUUGGAGGAAUUGCGUUCUAAGACAUUAUGGGACUUUGGACUUGGUGAGAAUCUGGUGGAAGAAGGAGGAACGCAUUCUAUAAAAAGUGUGCCAACAUCUACAAAGAAAAUGUAUCUUGAUUCUUCACAGAGUAGUCAGUCUUCCAGUUACUCUCCAAGGCCAACAGAUAGUUGUUUCAGUUCUAGUUCAGAGAUGCCAUCUGAUGAUGAAGAUCAAACAUUGCAGCAAAUUGAAGAUUCAAGUAGGAGAUCCAUCCAAACUGAAGAAACAACUAAUAACUUUUAUUUAGAAAGGAUGGCAGAAUUUCCACAUGAUAGAAUUGUUAAAAACAAUGGCAAACUUCAUAAACAAAAUGAGAGGUUUCAUCAGGCCUCACUGAAAAAUAACACAGGUCAGUUUGCACAGUCUCAGUGUAAUUCAGCACAGGUAUUACAAAACCAAACCAGUAGUAACUGCAUUCUACAGUUUGCAAGAUGUGAUGCAUGGGCACAAACUGAGAGUGAACCUGUGAUGAAAGAAAAGUUAGAUGCUGCCAUACAGUGUGAUAUAAUUUCAGAAUGUAAAUGUAGAAGUGAUGGGACUUUUCUUUGUAGUGUUGAUAUUAAGGCAGAUACCACUGGAGGGCAGGAAAUCCUUAACAACUGA